AUGAUUUUCAGCUUGUUCCUCGCAGCCCUGCUCGGCGAGAGAGCUGUGGCACUACCAUCUUCAUUUGAAAUCAAAGGACAAUCCAUAUCCUCCGACCUCACAAUCAACGAGGACUUGAUCCUGAAAACCAUCAGCAACGACAGCAUUGCCAACUUCUCUUACUACUACACCCAGGGGCUUCAUCUCGCCGGCACCAAUCAAAGCCAGGCUCAGUGGACUGCGGAUCGCUGGAGUGAAUUUGGAUUCAACAGUCGGCUAGACGUGUACAAUGUCUUUUUGAACUACCCACUUGACAACAGCUUGAACGCUACCUGGACCAAUGGCAGCACCUACUCGCCAGUCCUGGAGGAGGAUAUUCUCGAGGAGGACCCCGUCACUGGAUUCCCGAAUCGCGUUCCGACCUUCCACGCCUAUUCUGCAAGCGGCACGGCUGAAGCCGAGUACGUCUAUGUCGGCCGAGGACAAAUUGCCGACUUCGAACGCCUAAAGGAACUGGGCAUCGAACUCGAGGGUAAGAUUGCUGUUUCUCGCUAUGGCGGGCCCUUUCGCGGAAUCAAAGUUCAGAACGCUCAGGCGUAUGGCAUGAUUGGCUGUGUUCUCUUCAACGAUCUCGCAGAUGACGGCGAAAUCAAAGUUGAGAAUGGAUACGAGGCAUAUCCGGACGGCCCGGCGAGAAACCCCACGUACGUUCAGCGUGGCUCCGUCCUUUUCCUGUCCAUUCGUCCCGGAGAUCCAACCACCCCUGGCUACCCUUCGAAGCCGGGAGUAGAGAGAGCUGCCAGAGAUGAUGUUACUCCAGCUAUUCCUUCCCUGCCCAUCAGCUACGCCAACGCUGGUCCAUUACUUGCUGCUCUUGAAGGCUUUGGAUCUUCUGGAGAAGAGGUGAAUCGCACCAACUGGGUCGGCGACCAUGAUGUUGGCUACUUCACUGGCCCUGCCCCCGGUGUCACACUCGGACUGUCCAACCUGAUGAACGAGACAUAUACCGAUAUCUGGAAUGCCAUUGGGAUCAUCAACGGCACCGAUCCCACCGAAACCAUCAUCCUCGGAAAUCAUCGAGAUGCCUGGAUGAUUGGAGGAGCUGGUGACCCCAUUAGCGGUUCGGCGUCUGUGAAUGAAGUUGCCAAAGCUUUGGGUGCUUUAAUGGAAACCGGAUGGAAACCAAAGCGAAACAUUGUUCUCGCUUCGUGGGAUGCUGAAGAGUAUGGAUUAGUCGGCUCGACAGAAUGGGUGGAAGAAUUUCUCCCAUGGUUAAGUGACACUGCUGUCACCUAUAUCAAUCUUGAUACGGCCUGCAAUGGACCAAUUCCAGACUUUUCGGCCACUCCUGAAUUGCACCAGAUCGGUAUCGAUACCAUGAAAAAGGUGCAAUGGCCGGGCACCAACGGUACCAUGUACGAUGCCUGGUACAAUGCAAGUGAGGGAGUACCCGGGGUUCUGGGUAGCGGAAGUGACUACACUGCUUUCCUGCACAAGGGAAUCUCUUCGUUCGACGUUGGUUCAGGUGGCGGCCCAACAGAUCCCGUCUUCAUGUACCACAGCAACUACGAUACCUACGAAUGGAUGGCGCGAUUCGGUGAUCCAGGCUUCCAUGUUCACGCUGCCAUGUCUCAGUACGUGGCGCUCUUGACUUAUACUCUUGCGAGCGAAGAGGUUGUCCCGUUCAACGUCUCCAACUUUGCUACUCAGAUGGAUGCAUACUACGAGGAGCUGCAAGAAAUCAUCAAAGAAGGUGGAGAAGAGCUCGAUACGACCGCCCUCAGCGAAGCCAUUGAUAAUUUCCGGGUCCACGCUUUGGAAGCGGAGACAUUGACAGCACAAGCGGUCGCAGAACACGACUUGGAUUUGAUCGCCGUGCAGAACAAAAAGUACAAGGAUUUCCAUCGUGGCUUUAUCGCUACUCCUGGACUACCCGGUCGUCAAUUCUUCCGCCAUGCGGUAUUUGCUCCWGGUCGCGAUACAGGCUAUGCUCCAGUCACGUUUCCCGGUAUCACAGAGGCAAUAACCUUUGACGGUAAUUACACGCUGGCGGCUGAGUGGGUGGAUGCGACUGCGGAAGCCAUUAAUAUCGCGGGAGAUAUUUUGGCCACUUAG